AUGGCAGUGGGACUUCCGACAAGCGCCAAAAACCCUGUUCAGAACAGAUUGCAGGUUCUGCAGGCGCAGUACCCUGAAUAUCAUGUCGUAAUCUGGGCUUCUGCUGGAGGAUCACUCAAGCUUCUGCCCGGAACGCGAUGGGUUCGCAAGGGAGUUGAACUUAUUCAAUUCAGUAAUCUUUUGGGCCUUACUACAGACACGCGCCAUUUCGAGUACUACAUUGUCAUUGAGGGGGCCUUUCGAUACCGCAACAAGUACAUGAAAGCAACCGAUUAUCGGGAUUACGUUGGCUCGACAGCCAAUUUUGACUUUGAGAAGCGGCAAUGUGUCAUGCAGCCCAAAACCGAUUUCUGUGCCAAAUCUUGGAUGAAGCACCUCCCCGACGACAUGUGUGUAAAGGAUUUGAGCUUACCGGGAACUCGUUGUAGCAGUGCCUCAACCUAUUGGAUCAACGAUGUCGCGAACAUUGACGUCGAGCCAGAAAUCAGCGAUAAGAAGCUGAGGUUACAGUUACUCGGCAUGCACAAGUGCCACAAAGACAGUAUUCGCACUCAACUUCAAAACGGCGUUCGGCUGCUCGACCUACGAUGUGACGGAGAACGCAGACUACGGCACGGCCCUCUGGUCCUUGAAAAGCAGCUCGAAGACGUACUUGAUGAUGUCAGGGACUUCUUGAAAGACAAUAAGAACGAAACCGUCAUGAUCAUGCUCAGUUUCUCAUCCGCCUCCGCAACAUAUGACGCCGACAAGCAUUGGUCCGAGGGUUACAGCAUCAAUUACGACGAUCUGCCGAAGAACUUCAACAGAGACUUCAAGAGGGAUAUGAAGAAAGAAAAUCUCUUGUACACAGGCAAACAAUGGCCUCUUCUUCGCGAUGUUCGCGGAAAGGCUGUCAUCUUUCGUGGGUGGGACGUGGAUUCUGAGGAAGACCGAUGGGGUUUGGAAUGCCGGUUGCCAGUUUGGGUGGCCGCGCGCAGUCCCACAUCAUCCAUCAAGGCCGAGGACCUUGCUGCCCAGCGAUGGGAAAGCCUGGCAGGAGACUUCAGCAGCCGAGACUCACUCAAAUCGAUCGUGCUGGCAGCUUGUCUGCAUCAUGAUCCGACAGACGAAACAGGUUGGGUUUCUCCAUUACAGACGGCCCCUAUCCUUCAGAAUAAGGCGGUAGAACACCUCAAGAACUCUACGAGGAAGAUGAAGCAUUUGUGGGUGUAUGGUGAUGAUAUGAAGGAGAAGACAAACCUGGCCAUUGCCAAGUUGAACUUCUGGGGUUCAGACGACGAGGGACCCAGUCGGCCACUGCCGCUGACAGUUCACUCGGCGCCUUCAAAAUUGAUCACUACUAAGUAA